CCGUAUUGAGGUCACGUUUGCCACUCCAGGUUUUCGGGGCAGCUGUGGAGCCGAGCGAGACUCAGAAACUGGAGCGCAGCAAAUGUUCCUGAGGACACAAACGGGAGGCUACCUGCCGUAAAACCAAACACAGGAGAGCAACGGGAGGGACGAGCUGAGCCCCGUUUUUUUACUUUUUGGGUUUCCGCGCAAGGACUCGAUUUCCUGCUUACCAACAGCCUUCUGAGUUUCUCGCCGGCACACCGCAAGAAGGGAGAUGGGAUGAUUUAAUUUCGUGCGGAAUCCGCCCUUUGCAGAACCCGAUGUCUGAAGAUCAGGGUACCGGGAGGUACCUGUACUCCACCUUAGAGGAGCAGACCACCAGCCCGCGCUUCGCCUACGGAGACGACGCGCCGGGCCGCUCGCCCGCCCCGCCGCGGCACAGGAUGAGCGGCUUUGCGGACGCGGGCCGGCGGGACGCGGAGCUGGCCCUCCACUCCGACGGCAGCGACAGCAGCCGGGACCAGCGGGCCUCCCCCCGGCGGGACCCGCACGCCCUGCACGAGGACGUGGAGAUGAAGAGCAGCGACUCCAGCGCCAACGACUCCCACGGGCACGAGUCGCCGGGGAGCUCCCACGGCCACGGGAAGGACUCCGCCCUCCUGGAGUCGUCGGAGAGCCACAAGAGUUCGAACUCUCAGAGUCCAUCUCCGCCCAGCAGUUCAAAUGCCUUCAGUCUCCUCAGUGCCAGUUCGGAGCCUGACAACCCCUCCACAAGUGGCUGCAGUAGCGAACAGUCUGCCAAAGCCAAGACCCAGAAAGAGUUGAUCAAGACGCUUAAAGAGCUCAAAGUGCACCUCCCUCCAGAGAAUAGAAGCAAGGGAAAGUCCAGCACACUGAGCACCCUGAAGUACGCGCUGCGUUGUGUCAAACAGGUCAAAGCCAAUGAAGAGUACUACCAACUGCUUAUGAUAAAUGACAGCCAGCCGUCAGGCCUUGAUGUUUCCUCUUACACAAUUGAAGAGAUAGACAGCAUUACUUCGGAGUACACAUUGAAAAACACUGUAAGCAUGCUGUACUAUAAGGAAAUAUCUGUGGAACUCCCCGUUUCACAAAUAGUGUUUUUUUCAUACAUAUGCUGUGAAUAAUGUAGCAUCAUUUACAAUUAGGGGAUUUGUGGAUGCAGAUUGAAAAAUAAAUGCAUGCAUUUUCAUUAUUCUGUUUUUAUUUUUUCAGAAUCCUCUCCUUCAGACUGUGUACAAGAAAAGUCUUUUUUCUGCCGCAUAAGCGGGGGCAGGGAGCGAGACGGGGACAUACACUACUACCCUUUCCGCAUGACUCCAUACCUCAUGAAAGUCCAGGACACGGAACACACAGAGGACCAGUUCUGCUGCCUGCUGCUCGCUGAAAGGGUUCACUCUGGCUAUGAAGCACCCAGAAUUCCAACCGAUAAAAGGAUAUUUACCACUACUCACACCCCAAGCUGUGUGUUUCAGGAUGUGGAUGAGAGAGCUGUUCCUCUCUUGGGGUAUCUGCCUCAAGAUUUGAUUGGUACACCAGUUCUGCUACAUCUGCACCCCAAUGAUCGUCCACUGAUGUUAGCCAUUCACAGAAAAAUCCUGCAAUAUGCUGGCCAGCCCUUUGAUCACUCCUCAAUCCGGUUUUGUGCUCGAAAUGGAGAAUAUGUGACACUCGACACCAGCUGGUCAAGCUUUGUGAAUCCCUGGAGCAGGAAGGUGUCCUUCGUUAUUGGGAGACAUAAAGUCAGAACAGGCCCUGUCAACGAGGAUGUGUUUGCAGCCCCUGCAUUUACGGAGGGCAAAAUCGUUGAUUCAGACAUUCAGGAGAUUACAGAACAGAUUCACCGACUUCUGCUCCAGCCUGUCCACAAUAAUGGUUCCAGUGGCUAUGGAAGCUUAGGAAGCAAUGGUUCACAUGAGCACAUAAUGAGUGUGGCGUCUUCGAGUGAAAGCAACGGGAAUGCCAAUGAAGACUCAUGCAAGCUGAAGCCUCGAACGUUCCAAGAGAUUUGUAAGGGUGUGCAGAUGCUGAAGAAUCAAGGGCAGCAAGUGUUCAUCACGUCUACAGCAAAACCAGAGGGCAAGAGAGCCUCUGGUGAAUCUGCAAAGAGCGUGAACACAAGAGCCAAAGAUUCUCCUGUGAUCACUGGGAAAGAAAAUGUGAACCUUGAUGAUAAAACAUCAGCUCAUGAAGAACUAAGCUACAAAGAUCAGACUGUGUAUUCAUACCAGCAGAUGAGUUGCCUGGACAGUGUUAUCAGGUAUCUAGAGAGCUGUAACAUCCCCAUCACAGUUAAGAGGAAAUGUGAAUCCUCUUCUAACACCACAUCAUCCAACUCCGAUGAUGAUAAACAGAAAGUUGCGGAUGACAACAUGCAAGUUUCAGAAGCCCCCCCAGUGUUAGAGGCUCAAGCUGGUCUCCCUUCCCUGAAGGCGCCCAAGAAAACGGCUACGGCAGCGGUUGUUGGCGCUUCACUGACCCCACUUGCUCUCCCGAGCAAGGCUGAGAGUGUUGUGUCCAUUACCAGCCAGUGCAGCUACAGUAGCACUAUUGUUCACGUUGGGGACAAGAAACCACAACCUGAAUCUGAAAUAAUUGAGGACGGUCCCAAUGCCGCUGAUGCUGCCGAGAGCCAGCCCCCAGCUCUGGCUGCCAGUACGGUAUCGCCACUGAGCCAGGAGAAGGAGACCUACAAGAAGCUGGGCCUGACGAAGCAGGUCCUGGCAGCACACACCCAGAAGGAAGAGCAGGCCUUUCUCAGCCGGUUCAGGGAGCUGCGCGGGGCGGCCACUGUGGAGUCCACCUGCGGCUUCCACCUACAAGAGAAAAACAAGCGUUCAGAAGGAGUUCCUGGUCCACGCGUGACCAGGCAAGGUGGGCGCGGCGCUGAGGCCGCCGCUAAGAAAAGUGGGAAGAAUAAGAAGACGAAGUCCAAACGGAUCAAACAGCAGGAGUCGUCAGACAGCACCGCCUCCCACAGGAAACAGCCCCACAGGCCCCCUCUGGUGGGCCUCAACCACACCUCCUGGUCCCCUUCGGACACGUCUCAGUCCACCUUCCCUGCCAUGCCCUUCCCGACGGUGAUGCCUGCCUACCCGAUGCAGGUCUUUCCCGCUGGGGGGGCCGUGCCCCCGGGCGCUGACCCGGCCAUGUCCGGCUUCGGGGACGGCCAGAAUACCCAGGACAUCCGCUGCCCAGUGCAGCCCCCUGCCUACCCCACCCCUCUGGUCACUCCCAUGGUGGCAUUUGUGCUGCCCAACUACGUGUUCCCGCAGAUGAGCGGCUCCGCCUGCCAGCCCCUUUACCCCGAACAGACGUCGUUCCCCGCCCACUCGGCCUUUCCAGGCCCGUCCCAGUUCGCCCCCCAGAACCCCUUCCCCGUGCAGCCCCCGUUCCCGGGGCAGCCGUUCCAUUACGGCGUCCCGCCGGAGGCUCCGAAGACCCCCGCUGCCGCCGAGCCGCGGGAGGGCCCGUCGCGCUCGUCCACCCCCCAGUCGGCGGGGGCGCGGGACCCCGCCUCCCCGCCGCUGUUCCAGUCGCGGUGCAGCUCCCCCCUGCAGCUCAACCUGCUGCAGCUGGAGGAGGCCCCCCGCUCGGUGGAGAGAGCGGACAACGCCGGAGACAAGGGGGCAGCGUCCAGCACGGCCCAGCCUGACGAGGAGCCUCAGCCCCUGUCCCUCAGUCUUCCUGGUCUAGUAAACUCGUAUGGAGCAUCAGCCAAUAUACCUCUUACCUCAAGAGCCUUUAUUUCCAAGGAUACACUCAGUUUAUUGAUGUUAAAGUCAGAAGAGAAUCUCGUUUGGAAUAAAGUGUGGUAUAGAGGUUGUUGCAACACUGAGGUUGGGUCGCCCGGGGAUGGGCCGAACAGCGACGCCCACUCCACCUCCAGCGACCUGCUGGACAUCCUGCUGCAGGAGGACUCGCGCUCCGGGACAGGCUCGGCAACUUCAGGCUGCGGCGGGUCCGCCACCUCGGGGUCACUGGGCUCCGGAUCCAACGGCUGCAGCACGUCGGCCAGCGGCACAGGGAGCAGCCAAACGAGUAACACCAGCAAGUACUUUGGAAGCAUUGACUCUUCGGAGAACGACCACAAAACGAAGAAGGGGGAAGGGGGCAUGGAGCUGGAAGAAAGCGACCACCUCAUAAAAUACGUCCUGCAGGAACCUAUCUGGCUGAUGAUGGCCAAUGCAGAUGAGAAGGUUAUGAUGACCUAUCAGAUUCCCUCGAGGGAUUUGCAGACCGUUCUCAAAGAAGACCGGGAGAAGUUGAAGCAGAUGCAGAAAAGGCAGCCCAGGUUCACGGAAGAGCAGAGAAAAGAGCUGUUGGAAGUUCACCCCUGGAUGAAGAAGGGUGGCUUGCCUAAGGCUAUCGAUGUCACGGAAUGUGUUUGCUGUGAAGAUGGAGCAUCAGCCUUAUUUGAGGUGGACAUGCCCGACAUUGAACUUGAAGCCAUGGUUGACCCUGGCGAGGACAAUCAUUUAAAAGCCUUGAGUAAAGGCAGCGAAGAGCAAAUACCAGCAGAAGAGAGCUGCUCUACAAAGACUGACUGCUACCUGGCAAAAGAGGAGAAACCAUCCGUGUAAAACAUCAGCCAUUCCAUUGACACAAGCUUGGGCUUUUUGGAAAACAUUCCUGAUGGAUACUGUGUAUUGAAUUCAGUUGUCUGUACUGAAUUGGAAUUCUGUAAAAAGACUGUGCUUAAACAUUUAUAUGGCAACAGUGUUGUCACUGACAUACUUAUUUUUGUCGAACAUAUCAGCACUUAUUAAUCUGUGGCAUUUUUCUCCUCCUCUCUCCUGGAUCCACUUUUGUUUCUGUUGUAAAGUCCGUUUUGCUCAUUAACACAGUUUGAAUGGACUGGAAUUUUAUCUGAGCUGUGUUUUUUAAUCUUUUUUUAUAUAUUUUUUAUAUUUAAAUAAAAAAAUAUUUAAUUGUGUUACUCACGUCACAUAGGUCACAUUUUAAGAACUACAUGCAGAAGAUGUUCCUUCGGGAGCUGAGGCGUCCUAGUGUCGAGUGAGCUAUCCUAAGUGACCAUUUGAAAAGAUUGCACUUGGAUUUGUUAGUUUGGUUGUGGCAAAAGUUCUAGUGUUUUUAUACUGAAAGGAAAAUGAAUCUUUUUAGCUGAUGAGGGCAAGAGCUUUUUUUAAAAUGUAAGAUAAUCUCAAUACACUGAAUAUCAUAGGAAAUGGAGUUAUGUUUUCAAGAUGUAAAAUGACUCUGAUUGGGAUCACCUAUUUUUUUAUAACUGCACACAAAAUUGGUGUCAUACUUGACGUAUGACAAAAAAGAGUUAUGUACAUAUUUUAUUUUGACACUGAGUAGUUAGACCAAAAGAAUGCUCUAAGAAGAAAUAUUUUUAUUUUAUUUUUGUAGCUUCAGGCCAAAUGAGGGGAUAUUCUGUAUUUAAUUGUGUGUAAGGAUUGGCUGUCACUGAGCCUAGGUCACCGAAAUUCAACUAGUGAUUAUUUUCACAGGUUUUACAGAUCUAAGAUGCAUUAUACAACAGCUAGCACAAGUAGCCAUUUACCCAAAGACCAGUCACUGAGCUUGGAGAGGGUUUGAGAGAACCUUCUGAACUUUAAGGCAAGUUGUUCAAUAUGUGAAUCUCCUCUAAAACUGAAAAGCUUUAAUUAACAAAAAUUAGCAAACUAUUGAAAACAUGUUGCCCUCAUUAGAAUGUUAGUUGGACCCAGAGAGCACGACAGCUGUUUAUUACUUUGAAAAGAAAAUAACUAUCCAACAAGGUUGACUAGAAGGAUCUUCUAAAUCAGAAUGGCAUAGCAGAAAAUUAACAGCCAUUUCAGUUACUGUAGUGGUAGCCUUCAUGGACUUUACUGCACAUACAAAAAUAGACUUUUAAUGAUUGUGGACAAUGUCAGCACUCUAAAACUAUUUCUUGAUGUCAAUGUAAAUUUCCAGUCAAACUUCUGUUUUCUAUUUUUACUGUUUUAUCUGUUUGCCCCUGUACCAAUGAGUGGUAUGUUUUAUUACUGUCUUACUUUUGUAGAAAAUGGGGAAAAAAAGACUUGUCUUGUGUUGUGAGACAGACUGUUCACACAGUACUGUAAUAAACAUUUCACUUAA